GAUGUUCUCCAGGCCCAUUGUAGCCACGCCCCUUAUAAAUAUGCAGAUCAACUGCCAGCCGCGCGCUGCCCCGCCCUCUACUCUUCUCCCUCGCAACGGACUCUCCCUUCAAACGGGAAACAAGAUGGCGGCGGCAGGUCCGAGUACUCGGGCCUCUUCCGCAGCGGUAGCUACGGCUCUUGGUCGGCGGGGCCGGCGGGGUCGCUGUGAAGAGAUGGCGGCAGCAAAGACUGGGGUCCCGGGCCCGGCCUCUGGCCCCGCUUUGUUGAUACUGCCGUCGCCGCCGCCUUCGCGACCGGAGGAGUCCGGCUGUGCCGGGUGCCUGGAGACUCCGGGGGAAGCGGCGGCCCUGCCUUGCGGUCACUCGCUGUGCCGAGGCUGCGCCCAACGCGCCCCCGACGCGGCGGGCCCCGGCUGCCCGCCGGAGCAGGACGCGCGCGCCGCGCCCGCGGAGCCAGAAUUUAUAUUUAGAGCACCAAUCAAAUUGAACAAGCCUGGAGAACAUUGUGAGGAAUAUGAGUGCCUGAGAAAGCUGAGAGAAGAAAAGGUACAAGAAGAGAAAACCUCUGAAGAUCAAAUCCACAAGCUGCUACCAGAAGAUGCAGAAACAGGGAAGAAGAAAAUGGAUGAGCAGAAAAAAAGAGAUGAGCCAUUAGUAGUAAAAACAAAUCUGGAACAUUGCCUUGCACGUCUCUCAGAUUCAGAGAAUGAAGAACCUUCCCAAGGCCAGAUGACACAGCCACAUCGUUCAGCGUUUGUUUCCAAGAACAACUCCUACUCCAUAGCUUUCCUGGCAGGAAAGCUAAACACCAAGGUACAGAGGAGUCAGAGCUGCAGUGACACAGCUCAGGACAGAGUGAAGAGCAGACUCAGAGCAGUUCCAACCAAAAAAGCCAAGGUAACAACAAUGACUCCAGCCUCCAACCCCAUCAUUGGUGUCCUUUUGUCCACUCAGAACAACCGCUGUCUCUCAGCCCCUGACCUGACCAUCGAGAAGCGUCUGCCCUUCAGUUCCUUUUCAUCUUUGGCUUCGCUGCAUAAGCCAGAGCGGUCCAUCAGCCCUGAGAGCAAUGACAGCAUUUCUGAAGAACUAAACCAUUUUAAGCCCAUCGUUUGCUCACCGUGUACUCCUCCCAAGAGACUCCCUGAUGGCCGUGUACUAAGCCCCCUCAUCAUCAAGUCAACACCUCGCAACCUAAACAGAAGCCUGCAGAAGCAGACUUCUUAUGAGGCCAGUCCACGGAUCCUCAAAAAGUGGGAGCAGAUCUUUCAGGAGCGACAGAUCAAAAAGACCCUUUCAAAAGCCACUCUCACCUCCCUGGCCCCUGAAGCAGGGGAAGACUUACUAAGUUCUGAAGCUAUCCAUCCCAGCAAGGAGAAGCCACUUCUGGCUUUAAAUACAAGACUCUCUAGUGGGCAGAUGCUCUCUGAGUACACUGGACCCACCCCCACGGAUCCUGAGUAUUUCCCCUCUGUUAGUCAAACACAAGUAGAACAGGGAAAGGACAGUAAAAAGAGCACUGAGGUCCCAUUGGAAAUCUCUUCCUCAGAACUCAAAGAGGGAAUCAGAGGGACUUCUUUGGAGGGGGAGCAGUUUGAUGGGCCAGGGUCAACCCCAGAUACUAAAUUAGACAAAACUUGUCUAAGCACAGCCAUGAAAAUAUCAGCAGUUAAUUCUGUGGUACCCAAAAGCAAUGUUUUUGGUGGCAUCCUCAAAACAAAAAAACAGCUGAAGACAUUAAAUCAUUUUGAUCUGGCUAAUGGUGUUCUGGUAGACAGCCUAUGUGAGGAACCACUUCCUCCUUUGCGUCGGGGACAGAAAAGACGUUGUAAGACCAAGCACCUGGAGCAAAACGGCUCUCUUAAGAAACUGCGACAAACCAGCAGUGAGGUGGGUCUGGCCCCCACAGACCCAGUACUUCGAGAGAUGGAGCAGAAGUUGCAGCAAGAGGAAGAAGACCGACAGUUGGCUCUGCAGUUGCAGCGCAUGUUUGACAAUGAGAGGCGGACAGUGAGUCGCCGAAAAGGAAGUGUUGAUCAGUAUCUCUUACGGUCCAGCAGCAUGGCUGGGGCCAAGUAGCACUUCAUGAACAGUGUUACCUAUUUUUUUAAGAGGUCUUUGGUCUUGAUCAUUUAUCUGAAGAGUUGAGUGUUCUCAUUUGGGUUUCUUUUAAUGCAAAGUGCUGUCUACUAUGGUUUUGAGAGAUUCCAGGGCCUUGUUAGUCAAAAUCCAAGGCAGCUGCAUCUCUGCUCUUUGUGACCCAACCCAAAAGCACUUUUCACCCCCUAAGUAGCCCCCCUCUGAGUGCUUCUGAGCCACAUCUGGCAGUGCCCACUUAGAGUGAGAUUUGGAAAGGCCUCCUUCAGAAGCGUCAUGAGCAGAGUUAGCAGUGAUAAGGGAAAGAGGGGAUGCCUUCUCAAACUGAUGAGCUCCUGACUUCUUUCAACAGGGUGUUGUUUUAAAUCAACCUUGCAGAUAAAAAUUAAUUCCAUCUUUUUCAAAGAAGUGGAGCAGUGUAGUACUUUGGAAGACCCAAAAUGAUAGCUUAUGUUCUUCUUUUCCUUUCCCUUACCACAAAUAACAAUACCUACUUAAAUUGGUUGAGCAUAUGCUUCUUUGAAAGUUAAUUUACAUUCUCUGUUUAAAAAUUACAUAUGAUUAAUGCUGUUGGCUGGCAGGGCACAUUCCCAGACAUUAAGUUGGUCUCCCUAAGAGACCUAACUUGUAAGUGGUAUUAGCCCCAUUUUUAGAUGAUGAAACUGCAGUGCAGAUGUUCAGGUUCUCUCUACUAAGUGACAUACCCCAGAUGGACUGCUGGGUCUCCUAACAACAAAUCCCAUGGAUUUUCUACACUAACGGGUUACCCAAAUGGACUGCAAUCCAAGGGCAUGACAGGGGUACCGAGGGAGAGCUGGCCGGGCUUGAACACCAGUAAUGCAAAACCUACCUGAAAGUAGUUAAGACUGAUGGAUACAUAAGCAUAUACUGUUCAGUUCUGCCCUCUCCCCCAGUUUACAGGCUUCUGUUUUCCUAGGGGUUCCAGCCUAUGAGACAAACCAUAAUGGGGCUUCAUUGUUACUUUCCACAUGAGUAAUAAUUAUCUGCAACGUUGAUCUAAAAUCUUAAAAAAUUGCCCUGAAGUCAGGCAAAGAGCAAUGCUGAACUCCAUACUGUGGAAACAAGGUAUCUAGCUGGAUGCAGCUGGUAAAUUCAGUCCCAUGGACCUUUGGGGUUUAUUUUUCUUAGCAGCUGACACCAUGUGUCUUUUGCAUCCCUGGUGGUGCUUGGUGCUUCUGCCCUUCUGGGCUUGUUGAGAAUAGGGAUUAAGAUAGGAUUUUAGGGAAUAUCAGAUGGGCUGGCAUUCCCUGUGUAUGUAUGAACUGUUACUAUACUUAUAUGAGUGGCAUUUUAACCUUAUAGAAUUUAUCUAUCCCAGUGUAUGCUGUCCUAGAGUAGCCCCAGCAGGAUACUGCAGUUUUUCCAGUGAUGCUGCCUUUGGUGAAAACAUUUCUGAAACUGUCUUCAAAGUACAGAAACAUCUGAUGACACAGUCUCACUUCCAAAGUGCUUGAACUGGAAGGGACCUUAAAGGUUCUGUGUUUCAACCUCCUCCUCCCACUAGGGCAAAGGCUGAGCAGACUCUUAGAUCAAGGGAGUAUCUAUAGCACCUUCUCAGAGCACAUCUUCAAUCUUCUAGAGUUGUAAGAAAGAGAAGUUUAAAUUUGUAAAUAGAAGAUAUUUGAAGCCUCUGGGAAAGAAGGCGGGUUUUAUGAAGAGGGUUUGGAGUCAUAAAUGAGGUCUGUGAAGUGCUCAGAGAUAUUUUCUUGUGCAGCUCCUAGUUCCCAAACGUCUCCCAAAGAGAAAUUCCAGAGAUGUCAGAAGCACUGUGUGCAUCACUGAGACGUGUGGUUCUCUCCAGUGACUGUUCUGGUGGGAAGUGUGCUCGCCUGAAUGUGUGUGUUCUGUGUGUGUGUGCGUGAGUGUGAACACAUGUGCAGGUUGUCUAUAAAAGUAUACAUUAGUCUCAUUACUUUAUAUUCACACCAUUUCAGCUCUAGGCCCUGUAGAACUUACUGCCUCCAAGAGCUGCUAGGGGACAGUUAGUGCCCACAGUGAAAGAGUUGGCACUGAUCUACAGGGGCAGGGAGGGUGACCUUAAUAAGCACCCAGAGAGAAUGCAACCAUUACUGCCAUUUCAGGUGUUUCUUUUUUGAUCUUAGUAAAUAUUAUUGGAAGGCUUGUCUUAUUGGUAGUAGGAAAAACAUUUAUUUUUACCUCUUGGCAUCUUUUUUUCUGUAGC